AUGCUACAUUCACUGUUGAAGAUUGUACUGACGCUUUCAAUUUCCCCGUUGAUCAGAUUUGUACACGGAUCGAUCAAUCCUGUCGAGAUCCACGAACAACAUUUCUUUGAUUCAGUUACCCGAGAACCGUUUUUUAUAAAGGGAGUUGACUAUCAGCCUGGUGGUUCUUCCGAUGUCACCAGUAAACAGGAUCCCUUAUCAGAUCCUAAGAUUUGUGCUCGAGACAUUUUCCUUUUCCAGAAACUUGGCAUCAACACGAUAAGAGUGUACUCAAUUAGUCCAGAUCUGAAUCAUGAUGCUUGUAUGACCAUGAUGGCCGCAGCAGGAAUAUAUCUAAUUCUGGACGUGAACUCCCCCAUGGAGAAUCAACAUCUAAACAGGUACGAACCGUGGACAUCUUACAACCACAAUUACUUGCAGCACAUCUUCGAAGUUAUUGAGGAGUUCGGUCAUUACAACAAUACUCUUGGGUUUUUCGCUGGAAACGAAAUAAUAAACGAUGGGCACUCCGCAAAGAGAUCACCAUCAUAUAUUAGAGCAGUUGUUGGCGACAUGAAAAGUUACAUCAAGAAAAACUCUCCAAGAGGAAUUCCAGUCGGAUAUUCAGCAGCCGAUGAUUUGAGAUAUCGAAUUCCACUGUCUCAAUACCUUGAAUGUCACCGUGAAAAUGAGCCUGACUCCAGCAUUGAUUUUUAUGGCGUGAACUCAUAUCAGUGGUGUGGGCAACAAACAUUCCAGACGUCGGGCUACGAUCAGUUGGUUAGUGCCUAUAAAGAGUACACCAAGCCUGUAUUUUUCUCCGAAUUUGGUUGCAAUACUAUUAGUCCCCGCUCAUUUGCGGAGGUUGAAGCUCUCUAUUCGACAGAUAUGAUCAACACUUUUAGUGGAGGCCUAGUAUAUGAAUUCACACAGGAACCGAACAACUAUGGGCUUGUUGCGAUGGAUAGAGAUGGGACCGCCCACUUGCUUCAUGAUUUUGUCGCUUUACAAAAUCGUUACACUGCUAUUGAAAGUAACGAGUUUCAAAUGAUACGCAAAAACGCUAUAAGUUUGAUGGCAGCCGCACCUUUGCCCGCAUGCAAAGACAAGUACGAAAACAUACAAAUUGAUGAGCAGGUGCCUCAAGAUCUCGCAAAGGACCUUGUGAGGAAAGGCGUGGACCAAAAACGGGGCAAGUAUCUAAGUCUCAAAGAUAGUGACUUAGUGUCUGAAUUCGACAUAUAUGACGAAAAUGGAGUCAAACUUAACGGAAAGUGCAAAAUGGAAGUUGUCAACAAAAUUGAAAUUCUCCAAUCCGAUGACGAACAUGUGUCACAACCAAAAGAAUCAAAUCCAGAUCCUCGGGAGCCUCCCAGACAGGCGGAGAAGCAAAAAGAAAAAGAGAGUAACGCGGCUUCGUUUUUAACACUCAGCGUCCCCUCUGCAUUUUUUUGGACAACGUGCUUUCUUUAUUUUGCUUUGCAUUGCAAUGCGUUUUAA